AUGACUCUCAUACAAACUAACAAAGCUAUGUUAUUAUCUGUGAUUCUUAUCUUAUUAAGUUAUAUUAAUCUUAUCUUAGCAGUAGAUUAUACUUAUACAAUUAAUCCAGCCUUUGAUACAUGUGAUGAUUGUGUAUUAAUUACUACUCCGGCUAAUUUACAAGGUACUGAACUGAUAACUGUACCUUUACAAACUCCAACUUUUACACAAUUAUUUCCUAGUUCUAGUAGUUCUACCGGACAAAUUGAAGUAACUCCAACAACACCUAGUUCUAGUUCUAGUUCUAGUAGUCCUACACCUCUAACUACUAGUACUACAGUUCCUCAAACAACAUUUACUCCAACUAUUGUAACUUCUCUUACAUCUCCUGUUGUUCCUAUUAAGACUACAAGUUCUCUGUCAAGUAGUGUUACUUCACCUACACCAACAGAAACAAUAGUAAAUGAAAUAAUUGCUAUUACAUCUACAGAAUUGAUAUGCCAAACAACAGAUUUUACUUAUACUAGUAGUUCAGUUUCAUAUUUUGAUUCGACUAGUAUAUCAAUUCAAACUAUUGCAAGUGAAUUAGAAAUUCCAAUCACAAAUUGGAUUACUACAACCAGUUUAAUUUAUUAUCCAAAUCCUAUAACUAAUGAAGAAAUUCAUACUUAUAAUUUUGGUAACUACUCUACUAGUACUACUUCAACAUCAAUUAAUAUUUUGACAAGUACUCUUACAUUAACUCAAACCAUUCCGUCUAUUACUUUUUCUACCGAAACUCAAACAUCCUCAUUUAAUUGGAUUUAUAUUUUUCCUUAUGAAGAAGAUAUUGUAAAUGUUCAAGUUAUUCAACUGCUAUACAAACACCUAAAUCAUCUACAGUGUUCACAACAACUAUUGUAG